AUGAGCCCCUCAGGUCAGAAGGUGCCUACCACAUUACUGAGGAAGAGCAGAGGGCGAGUACGAGUAGCACCAGAUCUAAUGAAGUGGUUGGGCCAAAGCCGAGAUGGACACCCAACUGCGGAUGUGUUUGGAUGGGAAAGGAAAGUCCGCUGCUGCAAAGAACAUUUUAACAUAGAAACCUGGAAUGUUAGAACUAUGAACCAAGGCAAAUUGGAUGUGAUAAACGAGAUGACAAGGUUAAACAUCGAUAUCCUGGGAAUUAGUGAACUCAAAUGGACUGGAAUGGGACAUUUCACAUCAAACAACCAUCACAUCUUCUACUGUGGUCAAGAAUCCCUCAGAAGAAAUGGAGUAGCCAUCAUAGUAAAUCAUCAAGUGGGCAAAGCAGUGCUCGGCUACUACCCAAUAAAUGACAGAAUGAUUUCAAUUCGAAUUCAAGGCAAGCCAUUUAACAUCACAGUGAUCCAAGUUUAUGCUCCAACCAUGGAUGUUGAAGAGGCUGAAAUUGUCCAGUUCUAUGAAGAUAUUCAACACAUGAUAGAUAUAACACCAAGAAAAGAUGUUACUAUCCUCAUAGGAGACUGGAAUGCUAAAGUAGGGAACCAAAAGACACCUGGAAUAACUGGCAAGUUUUGCCUUGGUGUUCAAAAUGAAGCAGGUGAGAGAUUAGUAGUAUUCUGUCAAGAUAAUUCUCUGGUCAUAGCAAACACCCUCUUCCAACAGCCUCCGAGACGACUCUACACAUGGACAUCACCAGAUGGACAAUAUAGAAAUCAGAUUGACUAUAUACUUUGCAGCCAAACAUGGAGGAGCUCUAGAAGAGAGUGCAAAAGCUGGCUUGCUGCUUAA